AUGUACAAUGAAGCAUUGGUCUUGAUCGAGGAUUUAUGUGUUUUUAUUUCAAAUUUACCACUUAAUCAUUAUGGUAUGCCAUCACCUAAUCAUCCAGCUACCGACUUAGACAAUACCGAUUUACAACGAGAAAAUCAAUAUGACCAUGGAAGUUUAGCAACAAUUAUCAUGAACAGUGAACCAUUACUGACAGCAGAACAAAAAAUUAUUUAUGAACGGAUUAUGCUGGCUGUUGCUGCUGAACAAGGCGGUUUUUUUUUCUUGGAUGCACCCGGUGGAACCGGUAAGACAUUUUUAAUAUCGUUGAUUCUUGCCAAAAUACGGUCGCAACAAAAAAUCGCAUUAGCUGUAGCAUCGUCAGGCAUUGCGGCUACUUUACUGAAUGGUGGGCGAACAGCACAUUCAACAUUCAAGCUGCCAUUGGACGUUCAUAAUAAACCAGAUGUAAUGUGUAACAUUAAAAAGAAUAGUGGAAUAGCUGCAGUGUUGCGGAAGAGUUCCAUAAUAAUUUGGGAUGAGUGCACAAAGGCACACAAAUAUUCACUUGAAGCACUAAACAGAACUAUGCAAGAUUUAAACAGCAAUAAUAAACUUUACGGUGGUGCUAUCUUACUUUUGUCUGGUGACUUCCGGCAGACCUUACCGGUUAUACCUCGCUCUACUUUCGCGGACAAUUUUUGCACUGUUGUUCAGGAUAAAAAUGAUUUGAUUCAGAGUAUUUUCCCGGAUAUACAGAAUAAUUAUUUGAAUCAUGAAUGGCUUAGUCAACGGGCGAUUUUGGCAGCCAAAAACGUUGAUGUUGACGAAAUUAACUUCCAGAUACAACAGUUGUUACCAGGCGAUCUGAUGUCAUUUAAAUCAAUCGAUACUGUUGUUGACGAAAAUGAAAGUGUAAAUUUUCCGAAUGAAUUUUUAAAUUCAUUAGAUAUCCCUGGAAUGCCACCACAUAAUCUUCGAUUAAAGAUUGGUUCCCCUAUUAUUCUCCUCCGUAAUUUGAAGCCACCUCAAUUAUGUAACAGUACGCGUUUGGUCAUCAAAAAGAUUACCGGAAACAUUCUUGAAGCAACCAUUUUGUCUGAGAAGUUUAAAGGAAAAGUGGUCCUGCUGCCACGUAUUCCGAUGAUACCAUCAGAUUCUACCAUACCCUUCAAAAGGCUACAGUUUCCAAUUCGUUUAGCUUUCGCCAUGUCUAUAAAUAAAUCUCAAGGUCAAACAAUGUCCAUUUGUGGUUUAGAUUUGGAAAAUCCAUGUUUUUCUCAUGGGCAACUAUAUGUUGCGUGUUCACGUGUUGGGAAACUGUCGAAUCUAUUUGUGUUAGCUAAAGACAGGUUAACCAAAAGCAUUGUGCACCGAUUGGUGUUAAAUUAA